AUUGUUUUAAAAAAUUGUUUAUAGAGCUUACAAUAUUAUGUCAGCAUUUUAAAUACAUCUUGAUAUCGCUCCAUUCACCUUUGAGGUUAACUGAACAACAUCAACUUUUUUUUUAAGAGGGUGGGUGUCGUUAUUUGUGCUGCUUGCGACAAGGUCAUUAAUGAGGGCUUAUCGCUUAUGAUAAUGGUGAUUUUUCUGACCUGUGGCCUUCUAAAUUUAGAACUGACGGAGACAAAAUGAUAGCGAGAGUAAUAGCAGCUGGUGACUGGCAAAGAUAAUGCCGAGAUUACCAGGAAAUUAUAAUCAUGACACAAGAUCACGUGUUUACGGAUAGGAUGUUGUGAAUAUUCUCGACACUCGUUUAGCUACUCAGCUGUCUGUCUGCACCAUUCCCAACAUCUGGUCGCAUCCUCCCAGAAGAAUGACAGCAACAACGAUGGACAGGAUGCGGUGCGAGACGUGUGGACGUGUGCGGUAUGGUUCUCGUCUUGAUUGCUUUGACGACGAAGAUGAUGAGAUAUGCUCAAGCUGUGGAGAAUACUACACCUACCGAGGUAUUGAAGACCAGUAUCACCGGAAUGAUGGCGACUUCUUCGGUCCCUUGCCCUGUGACAACGAUGGUGAGGACUACCUAAUGGACGAGGAAGAUGGUUUUACUUACGACGAAUAUUACUGCAAUGGAAUAGGAGAUGAUGACGAUGGAGACUGGGAUGAAGAUGAAUAUUUUGACAACUACACCGAGGAGGAGCAAGAAGAGAUGGAGGAGGAGGAGGAGGAGGAGGAGGAGGAGGAGGUUGUUGAUGUCAACAGCAAAGUUGACGAUGAAGAGAGAAGAAGGGAGAGAAGAAGGGAGAGAAGGCGUUACGGACUGUUUCGCUGUUACUCGUGCAGACAACCUUGGGGGAGUUCAUAUGUCUUCUGCAGGAAGGAGCGAGGCACUUUUAGACCCCUGUACCGACAGGACUGCAAGAAAUGCCUCGUUGGUUGUCUCCCUUUCAAGGUGCAGCGACUGCGCUGUUCCCGGUGCUUGAAGACCACCUGUACCUGCAAGAGGAGAAACACAAACCCCAAGAAACCUCACCGCAGAGACCUCUGCCACCGAUGUCGCUCUGGUAUUCGCUGUCGGAGUUACGGCAAAAUCCGUUAUUGCCCAACGCCAGUAUCGAGACCAUGUUGAGAACAGCACAAGAAAAUGAUUCAGAAUAGAAACGUAGUAAUUGAAAACUUUCACCAAGAUUUCAAGCAUUCUCUACCUACUACAGGUGUUUAUUCUCGAUUCGCUGUCUCCCUAGACUAGGAUGCUUUUAAACUUAUGAUUAUAGGCAAUCAUCAAGAAAUAAUAAUGAUUAUCUUUCCUUGACAUGAACCAACUGUUGCAAAAGUCUCCCGUUGUUUUACUUCUGUUUAUAUAGGUUCUUUCACUGUGUGAGAGAAAGAUUAAACUAACAAAGACCUAAACUAGAAGUACUUAACUAAAUGCAUCUGUACACAUUGCACCGCAGUUUACUGAUGUGAUUCAUCAGCGGGACACAAACAAGUAACAAUGAGCAAAGUCCUUCUCAGUUUUCUAUCCUGAUGCAAAUUCUGGUCUGUUUUCGGAAAGAGUGUCAGAUCCUGAAAAUGAGAAAAUUUCAUAAUUUAGUAUCUGUGAUUAAUGUAGCCACAUUAAACAUUUUCUUUAUGAUAUCAGCUUGUUAUGACUGACUACGGGAGAUUGUAAAGUUCCAUGAUAAUAAAGGCGGAGCUCAAAGGACAAA